CCACCCCCUCCCUUCCCUCCAUCGAUUCGCACACACGCCGGGUUACGAGUGUUGGUGUUGAUAUUCGACGUGCGAACAACAGCUUACACGUGGCGCCGAGUCAGCUCGCCGACUACCCUCAUAACAACUUUGCUUCUUCCACUUCUUCUCCCCCUGAUAACUUCAACAACUUCUGCUGCUGCUGCUGCUUCCACUUCUAACCUCUCCGUCGGCGCAAUCGUCAACGCACGGCAAAAAACCAAAAAGGUCUCCGCCUCCUGGAGCGGGCUGGGUACUUCAACGAGAACAGCCGAGGAGGAGGAGGAGGAGGCGGCGGCGGCUUCUUCAUCAUAAGGUGCACAGGUGAAGGACGAAGAAGGCUCUCGUCCCAGGUUUCAAAAAAGUACAUCUGAAGCAUGUACACAGUCGGGGAAUGGCAAAGACAUUGAUGCAUAAAGGGAAUUGAUGCCCAGAUACAGAAACGUGCAGCCAGAUGGAUUGGCAUUUCACCCAUGAUGUGCCUUACAAAAAGAGAAAAUGUUUUCGUGAUCCAAAUUUAAGUGGCGAUUCAUUUGAAGACAAUCAAAGGCAGCAGACCUUUGCACAGGAUUUUCAAGGCCAUCAAGAAGAGCUAUUCGCUGUGCUCUGCGGUGUGGAUGACAUUGGAGAUGAUAUUCUGAAGGAAUACGCAGAAAACAUUGCUCAGGAGGAAGUUAAUGUCUACCCCCUAACCAAAACCAAAAGAUGGCUGGACUGCAGCCAGGAGGCUAUCCAGAGGCUCCGAGUAAAUGGAAAACUUGACAUAAAAGGCAAGGAGAUGAAGGUUUGGAUCUGUACGCAAUCCGAGAUGGAUGUUGUUGUUGACAGGCGGAGGUUGGUCUUGAAUGGAUUAGCAGGGGACACUCCCAAAGACAUGGUCAUAUUAUAUGUGGAAGCCAUAUCAGGCUUCUUGUCGGAUGACUUUAAUAUCGAAUACUUCAGUGAUGCGGAAAUGGCUGUGGUGACCUUCCAAACCCCAAUUGACUUUAGAUGCUUGUUUGAGAAGAGAUCAAGAAAAAAAAUACUCAACAAGAGAGAGAUCAAAGCCAGGCUGCUGGAAGUGACAAACUGUGUGCUGGUGGAGGGGGUGGCACUGAACCUCAUUGAAGAUCUCCAUUUGUACUUCGAGAACAAAAUACGGAGUGGCGGAGGGGAGCUCUCUAACGUUAUUAUCAAAGAGGAUGAAAGAAAUGUCUACCUUUACUUCAAAGACUUGGCAGUUGUUGAAGAAAUUGUGUCAAGGCAACACAAUCUGUGCACAACGGAACUGAAAGUCGUUGCCUAUUAUGAUGAAAUAUGUUCUGCCCUUGGAAAACAAGAUCAACUAUCAGAGGACCCUGAACCAUUUUACAUACCAGUUGAUAUCAUGGUUAUGCAGUAUAUUUUAAACAGUUGUUUUGCAUUGAAAGAACUGACAUCCAUUCUAGAACAGGCAGAUGCUUCCUUUUCUCAUGGUGAAGGGUCAAAUGGCAACAUUACCUUUAAACCCAUUUUAGACAAGGGCGCAGUAAAUUAUCAAAGCCUUGCUAAAAAGUGGCAGCAAACAACAGAGACAUGUUUUCGAAAAUUCUAUGAACAGUAUUCUAAGAAUGAUUUGCCUUGUGCUAAAGCUGCAUGGGAAAGAGUUAAACAAGAAGUCUCAAUGCCUGAUCAUGUGCUGGUUGGUUAUGACUGUCAACAAGCACAGAUCUUUGUUACUGGGAGAAAUCAGGAUGUGCAAGAUGUAUGUAAACAGCUGAAGCCCUUUGUAAAGAAUGCUGAGGAUAACCUCUCUCAGGAAAGUCGGAUCAUCAGUGAUUGCAUAUCACUAGAAAGCCCAGAUAACUAUAAUUUAAUGCAGUUCCUGAACAUUGAAGAUUUUUGCGCUAAAUUGAAUCAUUUGCAUUUACAAUUUGAUGAAGGCUUCAGUUCCAUAACAGUUACGGGCAUGUCAAAAGAUUGUCAAAUAAUUGCAGAAGAAAUACACAAUCUUCUAAUGAGCAUAUCAAUAAAACAUUUGGUUAUUUCUGAUCAUGUUCUAAAAAUGUUUGCGGUACCAGGUGUCGUGAAAACAUUGAAUACGCAGUUUCAAAAAAGCUCAAUAUAUGCCAUUGUAGAAUUAAAAAGUGGUCAAAUGAAUGACACAUUCACUUUGAUAUCCAUUGCUGGACAUGCAGAAAAAGCGGAGUCUUGCAUAAAUGAAACAUUCACGGAAGAGUUGUUUUGUGUUCCAAAGGCACAAAGGGACUCAACCAGAACAAAAGAAUGGACAAUUCUAUUGACUGAUCUUGAAAAACGCAGGGGUGAUGAAUGUCAACAAAUAAUUCUUCGAACAUUUGAAGACCAAUAUGGUUCCUGCACCGAAGUUGUCAUUGCAGGUUUUACCCCUGCUGUGAAAGAUGCCUAUGGCAGAAUGCAAGUAUUUUGUAGAGACAACUGUACCGUUACAAAAUUCAUGGUAAUGCCAAAGUAUCAACUGGAGUUUUUGGAGAAACAUGAGCUCAUACUGCAUGACACUAAACUUUUGGGUAAAAAUAUCACAGUAGAGUAUGAACCUGUUUCAGGUUUUCAGAUAGUUGGACAAUCUAGCAUUGUAAAUGAGAUUGAAACGUUUAUCUGUGAAAAGGGAUUCAAGCUUUGCUCAAAUCUGCUCAGGAUUAAUACGCCAGGAGCUGCCAAAUAUUUACGUGAAAAUGAGGACUUUGCCAAAAGUAAAGUGUCAAAAGAUAAAGGUUGCAUGGUUUUCAUUGAGAUUGGGGCUGCUCAGUAUCCAUUUUUGCAGCUGAAGUGUCAGGAGGAUUUACCAGGAGGCCACACCAUCUCGAUCUACAAAGGGGACAUUUUUAAAACGCCGGUAGAUGUGGUUGUGAAUACAGCCACAGAAAAACUGCAAAUUUUGACAGAUGGAACCUUUGGAAAAACCCUUUUAGAAAUCGGAGGUUCAGACAUACAGAUGGAAUGCAAUGACCUCGUUCAUGAAAGUGGAGAGCUAAAGCCUGCAGAAGUAGUAAUGACGAGCCCAGGAAAGCUCCCAUGCCAGAAUAUUGCUCACAUCAUCUGUGGAUAUUUAAAGAAAAAUUCAUGGAAUACAUGUAUAGAUAUUUCCAAAAUGAAACUGGUAAAGGAGGGGAUUCAGAACGUUUUGAUGACAGCAGGGACAAUUGGGCACCGGAGUGUAGCAAUACCAGGUCUUUUGUUUGAGCGGUAUAGGUAUCCUUUGGACAUUUACACUGCAACACUCAUUGAUGCUGUCGAGUCUUUCUGUAAAGAAGAAGACAAUGCUGAUAAUUCCCUGACCGACAUCCUCUUUAUCGAUGUCGAUGACAGUGUACUCGAUGCUCUUGCAAAUGCUCUCCUGUGUAAGGUCGGGAAAAUUCCAGUUACAGAUGAGCCAGAUAGAGUUGUGGAUUUAUUGGUCCAGAAUGAAAAUGCAUUCUUACAUCCAGGCUGUCCUCAAACCCAGAGUUCAGCAACAACAGUCACCAGUCCAAGCUGCAUAACUACAAAUGAAGGACUCAACAUCUCCUUGGUUAUUGGCAGUAUUGAAGAAGAAAAUUCGGAUGUCAUAAUAAACACAACCUCGGCAAACAUGAAGUUGGAUUCUGGAAAGGUGUCCAGUGCCAUUUUCCGUAAGGCCGGUCCGACACUGCAGAAUCUCGUUGACAAUAUAGUCCAGGGCCAAUCCAUUCGUUCUGGGCAGAUUGUGAAGACGGACGUGACAGGCCUUAAUCUUUGCUGUCACAUGGUGUACCACACCAGCCUGGGUUCCUGGGACAAUGGCAAACAUCUCCACAAGUUCAUGAAACAUAGCCUAGAGAUGGCCCAUCGAGACGGGGUUUCUUCCAUCUCCUUCCCAGCACUUGGCACAGGAAUGCUCAGUUACCCACCAGCGAUGGUUUCAAGUUUCAUGUUUUCAGAAGUUAUCAACUUCAGCCAGAGUCAUCAGAAAACAAUGCUGAAGGACAUCCGAUUUGUGAUUUUCUCCAAAGACCAGCUCGUCAUUUCAGCCUUUCAGGCAGAGCUGGCCAAACAUCUUCGAGUUUUAGGUAGCAGCUACAGCGGUUUAAACGAAGCUGCCUGCUCGCAGGCCGCUAUGAUUGGUGAAUUUUGUUUGCCUACUCCCCAAAGACCAAGUGUGCCACGGAAGGUGCCGCCAUUUAAGUCCGCUUACCAAAACGAGGUUGUCAUUGUAAAAGUAUUUGGAAAGCUGAAAAAUAAUGUUGACGAUGUGAGCAAAAUGAUGAAAGAAUUAGUUGAUAAGGAAUGCAGCCCCAAGAGAAUUCAAAGCAAUUAUGUCUCGUCUUUGAAAGAUGAAGACAUAAACGUACUGGAAAAAGUUGAAUCCGAUUGUGAUGUGAAGAUCACACUCGCUUUUACACACAUCCAAAUUGAGGGUAUGAGUUCAGAUGUGUUUUCAGCUGCCACAAAUGUGAAUAAAGUAAUGAGUGAGUUGGAGAAAAAACACAUAGAGGAAUCCCUUUUCACCUCAUUUGCCAAGUGGCUGUUUGAUGACAAUGGACAAAUGAAAGCUUUUCACAAAGCCGAAGUCAUACAAAUUGAGAGAGCUUUUCUGCGGGAAGAAAAACAAGUCGUCAUCAAGAGGCCUGCAGGAAAUCUUGUUAUCAAUUUUAAUAAAAAUGAAGCAACUAAUCCACAAGGUGAAACCAUCAGAGUGAGAAGAGAAUGCAUAUUCCAAGAGCCGCCUGAUCCACACGCACUCAAAAUUGACAUACCACUCAACUGGGCACGAAUGCCAAAAGGACAAGAAGUGAUGAGGGUUUGGCUCCAUCCACAAUCGGAUGAAUACAAAAAUGUUGAGACUCGUUUUUUAAAAACUAUCACCGCUUUCAAGGUCUUCAGAAUUGAAAGGAUCCAAAACAUGAGCCUGUACCAUACCUAUCAGGUCAUGAAGAAGUCAAUUGAGUCAAGAAACGAUGGGCAGGUGAUAUGUGAGAAGCUGCUUUUCCACGGCACGCGAUCAGACUCCAUCGACAACAUUAAUCACCACGGAUUCAAUCGCAGCUAUGCUGGAAAAAAUGCUACGGUAUUAGGUGUAGGGACAUACUUUGCAUUGAACGCUUGGUACUCGGCCUCUGACACAUAUUCCAAACCCGAUGCCAAUGGAACCAAGUACAUGUUCCAGGCCCGUGUUCUCACUGGGUCCUAUUGCAAAGGGGACGCGAGCAUGAAGGAGCCACCACUGAAAAGUCCGUUUUCAAAAACUGUACGCUACGAUAGCGUGGUCGACAACUGCUUUUCACCGAGCAUGUUUGUGGUAUUCUACGACAAUCAGGCUUACCCAGAGUACCUCAUAACCUUCUCUAAAUAAGUUGCCUGUUGGCUGUGAAUUCUGUGGUUCAAAAUGUACAUAAAUGCCUUGUCCAGUCUAUCAGAGUGUUGACAUUUUAUUCUUUGUUGCGUUGAUAUAAUUGUAUAUUUUCCAGUUUAUACAUUUUACGAUGUGCGCUGCAGUAGUUAACUCACGGUUGGUUGUUUUCAAGGUUUGUUUUUUUCCAGCAUUAGUGUUUACAGUAAAACCUUUUGAAGCCGGACUAAUUUAUUGUCCGGGGGUUGUCCAGCAUACUGAAAAUAAUCGAGAAGUAGGUAAUUAUUAAAGUUAAGUUACAAAUACAGUUGUCGGAAUAUUUCACAAUCUUGAUACUGUAGUUCACAGUUUUAAACUGCUCAGCUUGAAUACAGUAAAAAUCCUUAAUCUAAUUUUCUUAAAAAUCCAUGUUUAAUGGAGGAAGCUUAUGAGGUUCUUUAAAAUGCCAUUUUUAGAUUGACUUUAAAGUGGCAGCCUAUUAAUAAAAUAAAGUGUUAUUGUUGUGAAGAAUCUCGAAGCAACCUUUCUCAUAUAAGACUUUAAGUUACAUUUAAUGUUCAGCAUUGAGGAAUGUGAUAAUGGCCAAUUUUGUGAUAUUGCUGUGUUAUACAAUGCAAAUGCAUAUGUUUGGUCUUGUUUAAUGUGCAAUAAACGGAUACUGAAAA